AUGGAGUCUACUGGUGAUCUAUAUAAUCGCAAUUUCGGCGGGAAGUUGAAGUUAAAGCGGCUCAAAGUAAAAGGAAUCCGACCAGAUAAAAAAAUCGGCUCAGAAUCUAAACGCGAUGAUUCGAAAGAGAAACCUAAUGACGCAAAGGAAAUUACUGGCACUGGACGCAUAGUAUCCUCGGGUAACACUAUUCAGGGAUUCGAGACAAAAUUCGUCGAGGAGGUUGCUGUGGGCGACACGAUUAUUGUAAAGCAUCCGAUAUCCAAGGACAACGAGGCGCGUACAGUACAGAGCAUUAUGAGCAAUCGCACAUUAUGCAUCGACGACGCGUACAGCACGGAUCUUGUGACCACAAGCGUAUACAUUAUAAGUGAGCUAUAUGCCGCCGCAAUGAUAAUCCCUGCAGGGAAGCAAAAAGCCGGAGAAGACCAAACACUUCCCAACGGUCCGGACUCUAUCCCAGAGAAUAAAAUGUCAUUUGUUACUGUUAGAGAGAAAUCAGGGAUGUGGAGCUACAAAACAACCACAAAGGUAGUAAAGGCGCAGAUGACCGCCGAGGAGCGGCUUAACGAAAGAAUUAAACACAGCCGUGAUAAACACUGCUGGUAG